AUGUUGCCUAGCACACAGAAUCACGGAGCUUCUGAGACGCCGGGCGGGAAGAUGUCAUCAUUGCCAAGAAGAGCAAAAGCAAAGGUCCAGACUGUGAUAUCCAAAGAUGAAUUCUCUUCCUUCUCUGAGUUAUCAUCUGCCUCUGAAGAUGAUAAGGAGGACAGUGCCUGGGAACCCCAAAAGAAAGUCCCCAGAAGCCGUAAGCUACCUGUUUCCAAGGUAUCCAAACCAAAGAGAGUACCACGAGUGAAGAACACGCUGCAGAUCAGCGAUGGCUCAGAAGACAUGGCUGUCAAGGAGGAGCUGAAUAACUCUAUCGCUAUUGCCGAUGUUGAUUUAGAAGACAAAAACAAAUUGGAGACUGGGCAGACUCUGAAAACAGCAAAGACAAAACGGAAAAAUUCAGCUCAGUCACCUUCAGCUCGGAGGACUAAAAAGCUGAAAACUGAUGAAGAAGGCAACAAAGCCAGCAGCUUAGAGAGCAGAAAUAAUAGCACAGAGAUGCCGUCCACUAGCACCACGUGGGAAGGUGGGUGCAAGGAGGAGGAGAACAAAGACGACUUCACAUGUGGUCAGUCUCCUUUGAAGAAAGUGAAGACUGAAACGUGUCCUCAUGGGCAGCCUGUCAGGCUUCCGGCAGAUACCAGUAAUAUUGAGGAGGUGGAAAUGAAUUGGGACAUAGUACAGGUUUUAUCUGAGAGAACUGAUAUUGAACUUUGGGUUUGUGCCAAUAUUAUUCGUCUCUUUAAUGAUGAUAACACAAUUCCCUUCAUUAUACGUUAUCGAAGAGAGCUUAUUAAUAAUCUUGAUGCUGAUUCCUUGAGAGAAGUUCAACAAACUCUAGAGGAGCUACGGGCUGUUGCAAAGAAGGCUCAUAGUACAAUCCAAAAAAUUAAAAAGGAGGGGAAGAUGUCUGAGUGCCUGUUAAAAGCUUUGCUGAACUGUAAGACUUUUGAAGAACUAGAACAUGUGUCAGCACCAUAUAAAACUGGGAGCAAAGGCACCAAAGCCCAGAGAGCAAAGCAGCUGGGAUUAGAAGGAGCAGCCAGGACACUGCUGGAGAAUCCGGGGGAGCUGAGUCUGCUCUCUUAUAUUAGACCCAAUGUGAAAGGGCUUUCAGCACUCCAGGAUAUUGAAACAGGAGUGCAGCAUAUUUUAGCAGACAUGAUUGCUAAAGACAAAGACACACUUGACUUCAUUCGGAAAUUGUGCCAAGAUAGAUAUAUUCAUAUCCAGUCAUCUUUGGCAAAAGUGUCCUCAAAAAAAGUAAAUGAAAAAGAUAUUGAUAAGUUUCAGCUCUAUCAAAACUUCUCAUGCAAUAUAAGAAACAUCCAACAUCAUCAGAUUCUGGCAAUUAACCGUGGAGAAAAUUUGAAGAUACUGACUGUCAAGGUUAACAUUCCUGAUGGAGUAAAGAAAGAGUUCUGCAAGUGGUGCAUACAAAACAGGUGGAGACCACGUGGCUUUGCAAGGCCAGAGUUAAUGAAGAUCUUAUACAACUCACUGGAUGAUUCCUUUAAACGCCUUAUUUAUCCUCUCCUUUGUAGAGAGUUCAGAGCCAAACUAACAUCAGAUGCAGAGAAGGAGUCAGUAAUGAUGUUUGGACGGAAUCUUCGUCAGCUCCUUUUAACAAGCCCUGUCCCAGGGCGUACCUUGAUGGGAGUGGAUCCCGGUUAUAAACACGGUUGCAAAUUAGCUGUAAUUUCUCCAACUAGUCAGAUACUUCAUACUGACGUGGUAUACUUGCAUUGUGGACAAGGCUUCCGAGAGGCAGAGAAAAUAAAGAGGCUUUUGCUGAAUUUCAACUGCAGCACAGUGGUGAUUGGAAAUGGAACUGCCUGCCGGGAAACAGAAGCUUACUUUGCUGACCUGAUAAUGAACAACUACUUUGCACCACUGGAUGUCGUUUACUGUAUCGUCAGUGAAGCAGGAGCAUCAAUCUACAGUGUCAGCCCUGAAGCUAACAAAGAGAUGCCAGGACUGGACCCUAAUUUGAGAAGUGCAGUUUCCAUAGCAAGGCGUGUACAAGAUCCAUUAGCUGAGCUAGUGAAAAUCGAGCCAAAGCACAUCGGAGUUGGAAUGUAUCAGCACGAUGUAUCUCAGACCCUGCUCAAGGCAACACUGGACAGUGUUGUAGAAGAAUGUGUCAGUUUUGUGGGAGUGGAUAUUAACAUCUGUUCAGAAGUUUUGUUAAGGCAUAUCGCUGGACUCAAUGCCAACCGAGCCAAAAAUAUUAUUGAAUGGCGUGAGAAAAAUGGGCCAUUCAUCAACCGAGAACAGCUGAAGAAAGUGAAAGGGCUGGGUCCAAAAUCUUUCCAACAAUGUGCUGGUUUCAUCAGAGUCAACCAGGAUUAUAUUCGAACAUUUUGCAGUAGUCAGCAAACUGAAUCUGCAGGCGAAACUCAGGGAGUUGCUGUAACAGCUUCAGCAGGUGUUGAGGUCACAAAUGAGAAACAAGGCAAGAAAAGGAGCAAAACUGCAGUGAAUGUUGUACUAAAGCCAAAUCCUUUGGACCAAACUUGUAUUCACCCGGAAUCGUAUGACACAGCAAUGAGGUUUUUGUCAUUCGUUGGAGGGACACUAUAUGAGAUUGGAAAGCCAGAAAUGCAACAAAAAAUAAAUUCAUUCCUCGAAAAAGAAGGAAUGGAGAAAACUGCAGAAAGAUUGCAAACAACAGUACACACCUUACAGGUCAUCAUAGAUGGUCUUAGCCAGCCCGAGAGCUUUGACUUUCGAACAGAUUUCGAUAAACCUGAUUUCAAAAGAAGCAUAGUCUGCUUGGAAGACCUGCAGGUUGGGACCGUUCUUACGGGCAAAGUCGAGAAUGCCACCUUGUUUGGAAUUUUUGUGGAUAUAGGAGUGGGGAGAUCAGGGCUGAUUCCCAUACGAAAUGUAACAGAAGCAAAACUUUCUAAGACGAAGAAGAGAAGGAGUCUUGGACUGGGCCCUGGAGAAAGAGUGGAAGUCCGAGUACUCAACAUUGACAUUCCCCGAUCUAGGAUUACCCUGGAUCUCAUUCGGGUGCUGUGAGUGUGCCACUGAUGGCCAGACAGUGGUUUUAUUCCUUCACUUCUAUAGGUUGGCAAGAAUAAGUUAGAUGCUUGUGAGCUCUG